GGGCUCCUGCCCAUUGAUCACCUCAGAGGUCAUUCGCCCGAGCUUCAGGAGCGAGUGGGAACUAUUUUGAGCGCAUCGCGUCGUGAGCAGGUCAAUUGACGUUAGUUAUGCCUCUGCGAGUGGUGGUACAGGGUCCUGGGCCAUGGGGAUUCAGGCUGGUCGGAGGAAAAGACUUCGAACAGCCGCUGACUAUUUCCCGGGUGACACCUGGAAGCAAGGCAGCCGAGGCCAAUCUCUGUAUCGGUGAUGUGAUCUUAGCUAUCGAUGGUGAAGCCACAGACAACAUGACUCACUUGGAAGCACAGAACAAAAUUAAGGGCUGCAUACAGGAGAUGGCACUUUCUAUAGACAGAUCAGAAAAUAAGUUGUGGUCGCCACUCUCAUCAGAAGAAGGGAAGUCGCAUCCCUACAAGAUGAAUCUUGCAUCAGAGCCACGGGAAGUGAAACAAAUAGGCUCCGGCCACAACAGGAGUGCUCUGCCAUUCUCUGGUUUUGGUUCCAAGGUUGUGACCAACCAGUACAACAACCCAGCUGGCCUUUACUCCUCAGAGAAUAUCAAGAACUUCAACUCGGCUGUGGACGAAGUCAAAACCUUGACAACCACCAACGAGCCCGAGACUGUAGCUGCAGAUCCAGCAAAGUCCACCAAGCGACCACCUAUAGCGGCUGAUUCAGAGGUCUACAAAAUGCUGCAGGAGAACCAGGAGUCAGCUGAGCCCCCCCGACAGUCUGCUUCCUUCAAAGUGCUUCAGGAGAUUCUUGAGACGGGUAAUUCUGACAGACCAACAGGGUUCAGGAGUGUGAAAGCUCCAACAACGAAGAUUGGCUCCUCCGUUGGAAAUGCUGAGAAGCUUCCCAUCUGUGAUAAAUGUGGAUCCGGGGUUGUAGGGAUGUUGGUGAAGCUGCGUGACAAGUUCCGACACCCUGAGUGCUACACCUGCACAGACUGUGACGUCAACUUGAAACAGAAGGGACAUUUCUUUGUGGAGGACCAGAUCUACUGCGAGAAGCAUGCACGCGAGCGAAUGACCCCGCCCGAGGGGUACGACGUGGUCACGGUCUUCCCCAAGUAGAGGGAUCAAUGACCUCAGCCUCAGACUGCACGCUAGUUUUUUUUUUUAAGACAAUUCAAGGCAUUUAGUUUCUACACUCUUCUUGUGCAGACACUGGAAGAGGAGAUGGAACAUGUUGAUUUGCACACAAGAACUUUGGCAUAUGCAAUACCUAAAGGCUUCAUAUUUUUAAAUUCCAGGAAAUUCCUGUUUUGCCACUGAUUUGAAUGAUGAUUAGUCCAGUAUUCACAGGAAAAGGACCAUGGUUUUUGUAGACGUUUGUUUUAUAACACUUUUUUUUUUUUUUUUACCCCUGGGAACAAGGGACACAGUUUGACAACACA